AUGAGCCAGCCAAUCGAAUCGACCGUCGUCGACGACGGAGCUGUGGCUCGUGAGGACGUUGAGCAUCCCAUAACAGCAACCAACAAUAUUGAGACUAAUGGCCAUUUUAAAGAAGCCAUGCCACUUACAGAACACUCUCUUAGUUUGCUUGCGUCUACAGAAUCAAAGAAGAACGAAAAUAUUAAACAGAAUUUCCUUCAUGAUCAAACUAUUAAUUCGACCCUAGACUUUGAUUCAGAUUCAGAUUUAUCGAGUCUGAGUUCUUUGGAAACUCUCAGUUCGAGUGGUCUAGAAAGUUUGGCGGCGGAAACUUUUGAAACCGUCACGUUAAGCCCUAAAGUAUCGGCGCCAACCAAUGAUACAAUCGUCCGUCAGCCUCGGCGAGGAAAACGUGUUCGUGGGGAUAAAUCCUAUUCAAACAAUCGGAGAACAAGCGCACGUGUCAUCCACCGCGUAAAUGCUUUGGAAUCAACUUCAAAACGGCGUUCUAAACGAAUUCGUACUGGAAGGCGUAAACUUGCUCAAGCUAAUGCUGGCUCUGAACAAGCAUCGCCUUUAGCAGAAAAGAAGCAUUGCGAUAGUUGUCGCACAGUUCAUCUCGAUGUUAUUCAAGUUUAUGAUCUUUCUUUAUGCUCAUAUUGCCGUGGUGUAUUUUACGAUAACAUCGGUAUAAGACGAUCUAGAUGUGGUGGUCAAUCCAGAUUUGAUCAAUUUAAACGCGUUAAAGUACUCUGUCGCGAUAGGAAGUGGUACCCAGGAGUAGUGAUGGAGUAUAAGCAGGAACGGUUUAAAGUGCAUUUUGAAGGAUGGGAUGAGAUCUAUGAUGAAUGGAUACCGACAAAUAGCCGAAGAAUGAAAGACGUAACAUUAGAAGAAUUUUUCGGAGACCAACAGUCAUCCGAUGAUGUUUCCCCGCCCAAGGCUGCAGAAAUCAACCCUGUAUCUGACAUUGAGAUAGACUCGACAGAUCGUGAGCUCACCCCAACAACAGAGGUACAGUCGACUGGCACAGAUGAUCGGACGUCUCAGCCUCGGCGAGGAAAACGUGUUCGUGGUGAUAAAUCCUAUUCAAACAAUCAGGGAGCAGACAAACGCGUCAAUGGUUUAGCGUCAACGCCAAAGAGACUUUCUAAACGAAUUCGUACUGGAAGGCCUAAACUCGAAUAUAGUGCUCAGGUUAAUGCUAUCCCCGAACAAGCGUCGACUUCAGCAGAGAAGAAACUAUGUGAUAGUUGUCACGCAAUACACCUUGAUGUUCUUCAAGUCUAUGACCUCUCUUUAUGCUCAUACUGCCGUGGUGUGUUUUACGAUAACAUUGGUAUAAGACGAUCUAGAUGUGCUGGUCAAUCCAGAUUUGAUCAAUUUAAACGCGUUAAAGUGCUCUGCCGCGAUAACAAGUGGUAUCCAGGAGUAGUUAUGGAGUAUAAGCAGGACCGUUUUAGAGUGCGCUUUGAUGGAUGGGACGAGAGCUACGAUGAAUGGAUACCAACAAAUAGUCGAAGAAUGCGAGACGUAACGCUGGAAGAACUUCUCGGACUCCAACAGUCAUCCAAUGACGUUCCAGCGCAUAAGACUGUAGAAACAGAGACUGAAUCUGAGGUUGAGAUAGAUUCGACAACAGAUCUUCAGCUCAUCACAACACCGGAAGCACAGUCAACUGGCAGUGAUGACCAGACAUCCCUUCCGGCUCCUCUGACCCCUAGCUCUACUGAUGAUAGUUUCGAUUGGCGUGAACUCUAUCUUAGACGCAGUCCGCGUAAACGUGGUCAUAAAAAUAAAGCUCCUUUCAGAUACGACGAAGACAGUUUUACGAAUCAAGCGGAACUUAAAGCUCGGUUUCGUCCUGGUGCCAAGGUGGAAGCCCGCGAUAAAUGGAGAGAAUGGCAUUUCGGUCAGGUUAUACAAGCAAAGGGAUAUCGUGUGUUGAUACACUAUGAUGAUCUCCCAAACAUUUAUGAUGAAUGGAUCGAUAUGAACAGUGAACGAUUGAAGGGCGGAUACGAGCCGGGAGAGGGGCCCGAUGACGAUGAAUGCGACAGGAAGAAGAACGUUGGCAAAACAAAGGCUACUCAAGAAGAGGAUUGGGAAUACGUGAAAGAUGGAAUUAAAUAUAGCACUGGACGAACUAAAUCCGUUAGCUUUGUGGCUUUCCGAAAUUCUUUGUCUUUUAUUUCUUCCUUACGGGGUCUCAUUGGUCUUCAUCCGUUCUUUGUUGAGUAUUCGUUAACUGUCGUCGAUCUUGCUAAUGAGUCACCGAUGGCGUGCUAUGCUCACAAUUUUCCCGACUUUCAUGACCACCCUCGUUGUUCAUUUGCCGUGCAGACAGUAAUAGGCGAUCAAGCGCCACAGAUUACCUCAAAAGGAGAUCUCGUUUCUACAUUUGAAAAAGACAUGGUUGAUGAAACUUAUUCCACUGCACAUCUUGACUUAUUAAAUAGUACUAAACCACUCGUAGGAGAUACAGGGUAUAUGUACUUGAAGGCGUGGAAAUCAAGAAGAAUAUGUGGGUUUUGUAAUGACGACGAUGACAAUCAUCUUGGUGGAUUUAUUGGUCCAUAUCCCUUUAUCUCAUGUGCGGCUACGCGCCACGGUGAGCGGAAGAAGAUUUUCUGGAGCCAUUACGCGUGUGCCAAGUACUCUCCAGAGGUGUUCCAGUCAAAAGAUAAUAUAUGGUACAACGUGACUACUGCUUGGCGGCGUGGAAGAGGAAUGAAAUGUAGCAAAUGUAAAGAAAGGGGCGCAACUAUAGGUUGUUUUGAGCCCAAAUGCACUAGGAGUUUCCAUCUUCCAUGUACGGAUAAGCCACUUGAACAUUUUGAGAUGGGCGUUAUUUUCUAUUGCCCAACGCAUGAAGCAUUCUACGACAAGAGAGAUGAAUAUAACGAGCUUUUUCGAUGUGACGUAUGUGCACAAGAAAUGGAUACAGACAAAUGGUGGACGUGCAAGCCUUGCAGCACACGCUUUUUUAAUUCUUUCGAUUUAUGUCCCAAGUGUUAUACUGGCCAGUUUCCUGAACACGAGCAUGCCAAGGAAUCGUUUGAAGAAAUAUCAUUACAGAAGAUUAAAGAUGAGAGAAUAACCAGGCAAGCAAAAAUCGCGGUUGCCAACCAGAAAGCACGGGCUACAGGAAUGCGCAAAAAACCAAAACAGUUUCCGCAGAAAAAAGAACGUAUUCAUUGUUCAUAUUGUUGGUCGGAAGAAUCUUCCCGAUGGCGCAAAGGUUAUGAAGGAGUUUUAAUGUGCGAGGAUUGCUUUGAAGUAGCCCUUGUAAAUAACUCUGCCUCUGAUUCUCAAUUGGGUACUGAAUAUGUGACCUCUUUCGAAGAUUAUAUCCAUGCACCAUACCUUACACGUACAUCAGUAGCCGCCAGUAAAUUUGACAACUCGAAAUCACAAGCUCGCUAUUUAGACAACUAUGAACCAUUAGAAAAUCAAUUAUUCUCUCUUCCCUUUGAUUCAUCGUAUUUUGACAUUCCCGGACGAGCCCCGCGGUGGGCCACACAUAGUGGAACGGAUUACCAUGGUACAUGGCUUCCACAGACUGUACGUCGAGCGUUACAGCGUUAUACUCGAAAGAACGAUAGAAUACUGUCAAAUUUCCUCGGUCGUGGGACGGAUGCUAUCGAAUGCUUUUUACUAUCCAGACGGUGUAUUGGAAUUGAUAUAAAUCCGGCUGCUGUUGCGUUGUCACAACGUAAUUGUUCUUUUGCAAUACAUCCCGGAAAGGGGAUCACCGCUGAGCAUCGACCAAUUAUCGUACAGAGUGACUCUCGCGAAUUGAGGGGCAGUCUAUUUGAAGAUGAGAGCUUUGAUCACGUAUUGAGUCAUCCUCCAUACAAGAACUGUGUUGAAUAUUCAACCCAUAUUGAUGGAGAUCUGUCGAGAUUUGCUAAUUCGAAAGAUUUCAACCUCGAAAUGCAAAAGGUAGUUGACGAGUCUUGGAGGCUAUUAAAGCCAGGCCGUAGAAUUACACUAGGAAUCGGCGAUAAUCGCGAGCAAUGCUUCUAUAUUCCAGUUAGCUUUCAAUUGAUUCGCGAAUAUAUAAAUCGAGGUUUUCUCCUCGAAGAAUUGGUGGUGAAGCGCCAAAGAUACUGUUCUGCCUUUGGACUUGGGACGUACCUGUGUACACAAUAUGACUUUUUGAUGUUUACGCAUGAAUUCGUUGCUACUUUGAAAAAGGUCGACCGGGAGAGUAAUGAUAGGAUGCUAUUAAACUCAACAAGCAUGGAUUACUCUAGAGUAUUGGGAGUUGUCAACUUCUCGAGGACCGUACGAGAAAUACCCUCUUUACCCAUUGCGCGAAAGAGUGUAGUAAUGGGAACAACGUGGACGUUCAAACCUACAGCUAAACAUGAUUUUGUGCUUCUCUGCACGUCGAGAAUGGUAGAACGUUUUGGCAGAGAUUCGGCCAAUUGGGAAGAAAUCAAAAUAGAAUUUAAAAAUAUAGAGCAACCAACAAAUGAUAACGGCCAAACAAGCAUCAUACAGGAAAUCGUGCCAAUGAUUAUUGAAGACGAGAACAUUCCGGAAUACGAGCGAGCACGCCUGAAAAGAAUACAAGAAAAUCAAAAAAUGCUUCUCUCAUUGGGUUUAAUAUCAGAUCUAAGUGAAGAGUCAGAUGAUCUUUCUCACGUCGAAAAACUACUUUCUCUCGAAGCACUCCCACCACCGACACCGAUAGCACUUAUUGUCAUUCCUCACAUCCCCAACUCUGUUCUCAUCAAUCAUGACAUAAAAGACUAUCGCUUGGCGACUAUGCAUCUUGCUCGUGAAUCAUACGAGAAACUUCCUCCGUCUGGAUUCCUUAUAAUAGGUACUCAAGACGUGCGUACAAGAGAUAAUAAAUUAUGGCCAUUGGGAUUGUUAGUGUUGGAAGAUGUGAAGGCUGUGGUUGGGGAAGAUAAGAUGCCAUUAAAAGAGUUAGUCAUUACUGUUCCCGAGGGAUAUGCCAAAGAUAGGCGGAAGAUUACAUCAUAUGAAGAGUAUUCCGAGGAAAAGUGUGUUCUGGAUGAAGAAAACGUUCCCGAGUUGCCAAUUGUGCAUGCAUGCUAUCUCGUAUUCAUGAAACUUCGAUAA